CUUUGCACUCCACAUUCCUCGCUUCGUUUUGGCCGCCAGUUGUGUUUUCGAUUGCUCUGCGUGCUGGUCGCCCUCCAGUUCUCCAAUUCUCCGAUUCUCCGAUCUGCGAUUCUCAAAUCUCCGAUUCUCCGCGGCCACUCCAACUCCCAUUCAGCCGCCUGCUCGAUUGUUUGUUUUCUUCGCUGCACUAUUGCGCGCGCGCAGCCGCCGAUAAACAGAGAAAAACCAGGAGGAAAUCCGCAGGAAACACUGGAAGUGCAUUUUAACAGACGUUUCUGUGAAUGUCUCUUCAUUGAAACACAUACUUUCGUUUUUUUUUUAAAUUUUGUUCUGUUAAGUGUGGAAAACCCAAUUUGCAGCGAACGCAAUAUAAACUUUUACAAACAAAAUGCAGCAGAAAGUUGAAGAGAAAAUCGAUCCCCUGACGCGCAUCCAGGAGGAGAUCAAGGAGGUGGUGCGUCGCGAGGAGGAGUACCGCCAGCUGGCCACGCUCUCGUCCAGCACCACGCCCACCAUCACCACCGCCUCCGCGGGGCAGCUGGUGGACUUCGAGACCUACACGGUGAACGGCAAUGGCAUUGACUUUGAGCCGAAACUGGAGCAGGAGGAGGAGACCAGGGAUCAGGAUCAGAGCCAGGAGCAGGGCGUGCUGGUCACCGCCCAACCGGCGGCCGUGCAGACCACCUCGCUGCUGCUGCCCAUCGACGAGCUGUCCAACACACCCUCGCUGGCCUCCAGCGUGAACAGCGCCAAGGAGGAGAGCCUCGAUGGCCAGCACUCGGACGACUCGGGCAUCUCGGCCUCCUCGCAGAGCAACACCACGGCGAGUGUGGCCAAGCAGCCGCUCAAGCUGACCGUGGUAACGCGCCAGGAGCAGCGCUACAUUGGACCCAACUGCUACAACCUGACCCCGGAGCCGCCGCAGCAGAAGCUCAUCACACGGACCAUCUCGACGCCGCAGCUCAGUGGUUUGCCCCAGAAGCGGCAGUUCGCCUUCGGUGGCUCCACCAAGGGAGUGAUGCAGCGCUUCAUAGCCUCGCAUGGCAAGCUGGCCCCCACCAGCCCACUGCCGCCCGCCUCCCCCUCGACCCUGACGCUGACCAAUGGAAAUGGUAUUGGUGGUGGUGCACAGAAUGGACAGAACAACAACAACACCCUCAAGCUGAACACCCGCACCGCCAUGGCCUUCUUGGAGUCGGCUAGCUCGUCGGCGGCCAUCACCUCGGUGACCCUGUCGCCGGCGGCCAUCGAACGCGACUCGGAGGGACGACCCCUGCGACGGGGUUACGUGCCCGUCGAGCAGAAGAUCCAGCGCGAGCUGCAGGACCUCAAGUCCCGCGAGUCGGAGCUGAAGCGCCUGCGCAAGAUCAACAGGCAGAACACACUGAAGGCCUCCCUGGACAAGCUGCAACUCAGCACAGACGACGAGGCCGAUGCGGAUGACGACGACGAGGACUCCGAGGUGGAGCACUGCUACGGGCCGGGGAAACUGCGCAACGCCCAGUCCACACAGGAGCUGGACAGGAAUGGAAACGAGCAGGAGAUCGUCCACAAGCCCUCCGGCAAUCGCAGCCUGAACGCAGUCGCCUACAUAGCCAACGGAGUCAGCAAUGGCAAUGGCCACGGAAUGCGUCCGGCGAUGUCGCUGGCCCAGCUCUGCGACCUGACGCCCGAGGAGGCGCCCUCCUCGCGGGGCCUCAUCGCCCAGUGGGAGAGCCUGAUCAAGAAGAACGCCGAAGUGGGAGCGGUCGAGGCGAUCAUCUAAGGAGUCGGAAGCUCCGGAACCCUCUAAAAUCGAUAGAGAACCAUAGCACACACACCAACGAUCUGGUGCAGAGCAGACCAAAUUAUUAUUGUAGUGUCCACACUUACACACUUGAUCCUCCCACGUCCAUGUCCUCGUCCUUGUUCUCCUCCUGCGAAAGCUGCUUAUCAACGAAUUAAUCUUAACGCCAACCCAUGGUAAUUGAAGUUAUAACUAAAUGGAAUUGCCUGUACUUAAAGCGACUUAUGUGUAAUUUGUAAUGUGUACGCGUACGUGAACUGUCCGAGAACUCUGUUGUAUAUAUAUAAUUCUUCGCGUUUCCAGUGCGAGUACAGUCGACUUGCUUAUAAUUUAUUACAAAAACCAAUUUAUAUAAACCUUAUAUAAAUAUAUAUAAAACCUAAAUACUAUAUGUACGAAACCAAUAUGCGAAAACGAUUAAAUAAAAAACAAAAACAACUAGAA